CCAGAAAGAGAGGUAACAAUAUAAAAUGCAUUUAUAACAACACAGCUGGGUUUGCAUUGAAAGCAUUUCCUAACCACUUCUCUACCCUUAAUUUUGUGAAGCAAAUCCUCAGAACUUUGCUGUGGCAUGGCCGCUACCACCACUCAACCAUGCCCAUUUCCUCCAUCCCCACCCCCACACUAGUCCUUCCUAUUACUCCCAUCCAUCGUCUCCACCUUCGUCUCUGUCGCUUUCACUAAUCUUUCCUCUGGUCUCUGUCUCUGAAGUACUUGCAUGGCAAACGAUGCCGUUUUCAGGUCUUCACUUGUUUGGUUAGCAGUAGUAAUAGUGGUAGUUGGAAUAUGUACUCAGUCCUUGAAGAAGAUGAUGUUAACGUACGUGGUUGGUGUGCUGGGAAUUGCUGGGCUGCUUUUGCCUGAUUGGGGUUACUUUGACCGCGACUUCUCGCGGUGGACCUCUCCGGUUUCGUUCGAGGAAAGAGCCUCUGAAAUUGCCCAAAGAUCUGGACUAAUAACAAGUGUGGAGCCAAAAAAUAAUCAAGAGGCGACACGUGGAUUUUUAGGUGAAGAGGACAAAAUUAUCCUCGAGACACACCGAGUUUCCUACAUGCGAGCAGCGGAGAAUCAUCCAUCAACCGAGUCAAGAGUGCCCAAAAUAGGUAACAAGUUCAAAUUUAUCUUAUUCAUCUUUACUCCAUAUCCUCUACAAGGAAAUCAUUCCAUAACCUUCAAAACCUUCCAUAUAAAUUAAAUUAAUUUGGUUAAUUAAUGGAUUAAUUCCUAAAUAAUCCAUUAAUCACCAAAUUAAUCACCAUUACACCCCAAAAAACAUCCAAGGGCUGGCCACUCUCUCUUCCAAUGAGGGCUGGCCAUGCUCUAUAAAUAGGACUCCAUUUUUCUUUGAAAGACUAGGUCUACACUCUUGCAAAACUCCAAAAACUCUCUAAACAUUUUUCUCUCUAAAUUCUAACUUUGGCAUCGAAGGUU